GUGGCGAGGGCGGGGCCGGCGCUGAAUGUCGGAGGCAGGAGGAGGCCUGCUCUGCUAAAAUGCUGCUCGAUUUGUCCGAGGAGCAUAAGGAGCACCUGGCCUUCCUACCGCAAGUGGAUAACGCAGUGGUCGCAGAGUUCGGGAGAAUCGCGGUGGAGUUCCUCCGACGGGGAUCUAACCCGAAGAUAUACGAAGGCGCCGCCAGGAAACUCAAUGUGAGUAGUGACACUAUCCAGCAUGGUGUGGAAGGAUUGACAUAUCUUCUUACUGAGAGCUCCAAGCUCAUGAUUUCUGAACUGGAUUUCCAAGACUCUGUUUUUGUCCUGGGAUUCUCUGAAGAACUGAAUAGAUUAUUGCUUCAGCUUUACCUGGACAACAGAAAGGAGAUCAGAACUAUUCUGAAUGAGUUGGCACCUCGUCUUCCCAGUUACCAUAGUCUUGAAUGGCGACUAGACGUACAACUUGCAAGCAGAAGUCUCCGGCAACAAAUUAAACCAGCAGUGACUCUAAAGCUGCACCUUGAUCAGAAUGGCGACCACAGCACCCAUCUUCUGCAGACAGACCCAGCUACCCUGCUUCAUUUGGUUCAGCAGCUGGAGCAAGCGUUGGAGGAAAUGAAGACAAGCCACUGCAGGAGAGUAGUCCGCAGCAUCAAGUAGCUCCGAGGUGCAGGUGGCGACCCAGGGAUGGCUGUAGUACAUCUGGAUUUCAUGGACUUUCUUUUCUGGUUCAGGAUGUUGAAUUCUUGAUUGAAAGCUAAAGUACAGUUCCUUUCUGGUGCUAAAUGCAGUCAGCUUCUUCACAAAUUGAAAAGUAUUUUGUAUUUUAAGUGUAUAAGUAGAAUGAACUUAACUAAAACGAAUCUAUACUGUUCAUGUCUUCUGUGUAUAUGUGAUUCUCCUGGAAUAUUGUUCAUGUCUUCUGUGUAUACGUGAUUCUCUUGGAAUACUGUUCAUGUCUUCUGUGUAUACGUGAUUCUCCUGGAAUACUGUUCAUGUCUUCUGUGUAUACGUGAUUCUCCUGGAAUACUGUUCAUGUCUUCUGUGUAUACGUGAUUCUCCUGGAAUACUGUUCAUGUCUUCUGUGUACACGUGAUUCUCUUGGAAUAUUGUACAUGUCUUCUGUGUAUACGUGAUUCUCCUGAAAAAUGUUCAUGUUUUCAGUGUAUAUGUGAUUCUCCUGGAAUACUGUUCAUGUCUUCUGUGUAUAUAUGAUUCUCCUAAAAAAUGUUCAUGUCUUCUGUAUAUAUAUGAUUCUCCUGGAAUACUGUUCAUGUAUUCCAUGUACAUGGGACUCAACUCUCCUGGCUUGGGUAUUUUUUUGUCUGCUUUAUUUUCUUUUUCCUUGAUAAAAUUUGAAAAUAAGAUUCACUGUUAGUUAGAACUAUUUCUAGACAGUUCAGUAUCUUUUACUUCUAAAAGCACCGUACGAUUAUAACCAUAGAAAAAGAUAAAUAGGAUGUUUUACAAGAUUGUGUAUAUUAUUACAAGUAGCUUAUAUAUUCUUGUUUGUAUAUGAAGAUGGCAAAUAGCAAUGAUACCAUAUUGCUUACAUUUGAGUUACUGAUAUACAAAUUUCUGUGGUCCUAUCAUGCAUUUUAUCAGGAACUAGGGCUGGGCAGUGGUGGCGCAUACCUUUAAUCUCAGCAUUUGGGAGACAGAGGCAGGCAGAUCUCUGUGAGUUCGAGGCCAGCCUGGGCUACAAGAGCUAGUUCCAGGACAGACUCCAAAGCUACAGAGAAACCCUCUCUCAAAAAAAAAAACAAAAGGAACUAAUUUCCCACGUUCCCAAAGCAACGUCAUCAUUUACAUUUAUAAAUAAUGAAUAGCUAGGCGGUGGUAGUGCACACCUUUAAUCCCAGCACUUGGGGGGCAGAGUCAGGCAAAUUUCUGUGAGUUCAAUGCCAGCCUGGUCUACAGAGCAAGUUCCAGGACAGACUCCAAAGCUACUGAGAAACCCAGUCUUGAAAAACAAAAAAUUAAGUAAAUGUGAAUGAAUGAAUAAAGAAGAAAGAAAGAAUAUAAGAGUGGUAUGAUUGGUUCUUUUUUUAAUUUUGUGUGUAUAGGUAUUUUGCCUACAUGUAUGUCUGUGCCCCAUGAGUGUUCAGUGCCCCCAGAGGCCAGAAGAGGGUAUUGGAUCCCAUGGAACUAGACUUAGAAAGGGUUGUGAGCUUCCAUUGGGUGCUAAGGCUCAAACCCAGGUCCUCUAGAAUAGCAGUCAGUGCUCUUAACAGUCGAACUAUCUCUUCAGCCCCAGAACAGUUUUUUUUAUAAUAUUUAUUGUGUGUGUGUGUGUGUGUGUGUGUGUGUGUGUGUGUGUUUCUCUCCUCCCAUCCUGUGGGGACUGGGAAUAGAACUUGGGUCAUCAGGCUUGUUGACAAAUCGUUUUUACCCACUGAGUCCUCUCCAAUGUAUAAACAUAAUUUUUAAUUACUCUGAGAACUCAGUUAAAGAAAUUGUCAUAUUAACAAACCCACAAACCCAUAAAACCGUGAGUUAGCAGUGCGUGUUGCUGGACUAACGUUAGCCUGCCUACCAAGUUUUGCAACAGCUCUAUGAGGCUUGCUUGUCCCCAUUGGACGGGAGAUAAACUAGACUGACCCCACCAAUUUUGAGCCAUUAGCAUGUGUCCCUCCAAGCAACCUUUCUUCUACCUCUUGGGCCAUUACUCUUAGCUCAAUCACAAGAUGAAAGCAACUGGGCUUUACAUGCCUGUAAUUCUAAUGCCUGGGAGUUGGAUUUCAGUGAGUUCCACACCAGCUUGGUCUACAUAACAGGAUCUAGAAGUUUGUAACUGAGCUAUCUCCCCAACCCCUUUCAUGUUUUACUUUAAUACUGUCUUAACAUUUUAUUAUCUUAUGUGUCUAGAUGUUUCACUUGCGUGUUUAUCUGUGCAGGGUGUGUGAACAUUGUGGAGCACAGAAGAGUGCAUCAGAUCACAGUACUACAUUGGGAGAUUGGGGAGGUUGCUCAGUUGGGUAAAGUGCCUCCCGUGUAAGCAGGACUACCCAAGACUGAAUCCCCAGCACCCACAUGAAAAGUUGGGCAUUGCAUCAUAUGGUUGUCACCCUAGCCUUUGGCUGGGGGAGGCAAAGGCAGGUCUCUCCCUAAAGGUUGUUGUCCAACCAGCCCAGCUAAACCGGUAAGCUUCACUUUCAAUGAGAGACCUGCCUCAAAAAAUAAGGGUGAAGAGCAACUAAGGAAAGACACUUGACAUCAGCAUGUAUGCAUGCAUACAUAUACACACAAGUCCAUACAUGUACACCCACACACAAAAAAUAGCAAAUAAAGUUUAGGAUCAACAACCAUAUUUCUGUGUGUGGACUAAAUGGAACUAUGUAUAUAUAAUAUUUAGCAUGGUGCCAGGCUUUUUUUUUUAAGAUUUAUUUUAGCCAGGUGGUAGUAGUGCACACCUUUAAUUCCAGCACUUGGGAGACAGAAGCUGGCAGAUCCCUGAGUUUAAGGCUAGCCUGACCUACAGAGUAAGUUACAGGACAGGCGGGUCUACACUGAGAAACCCUGUCUCAGAAAAAAAAAAAAAAGAAAAGCUAAGUCAAAAUAAAUCAAGACCAAAAAAAUUACCUAAAAGUUGAAUAAAAUCAUUAACCUAUUAAAUAUCUAUGCACAUAUAGAUAUAAAUAUAAACCCACUGUUUUUUUGAAACUUUUUAAAAAAUCAUUUAUUUUUGUUUUAUGUGCAUUGCUGUGUUUUGCCUGCAUGUAUGUCUGUGUGAGGAUGCCAGAUCCCCUGGAACUAGAGUUCAGACAUUUGUUAGCUAUCAUGGGGAUGCUGGAAACUGAACCUGGGUCCUCUGGAAGAACAGCCAGUACUCUUAACCACUGAGCCAUCUCUCUAGAUUCCAGUACCAGGCUUUUAAAAAUAUUCAAUAAAUUUUUACCAUUAUCUAACAGUGGAGACUAAGGUUCUCG